GGGCGAGGCGGCCUGCCAGAGCCACCCCCGCCCCCGGGAGCCGCUGGGCCGGCCCCUGCCCGCCUCCUCCGCCUCUUUGUGCGCGGCCGUCGAGCCCGCAGCAGCCCGCGGGCCGCUCCUCCCGGGGAGAUGCUCCAGCCGGGCGCGGAGCAGCCGCCUGCCAGCGGGGCCGAGGGGAGGGCGCCCGCCGCCGCCGCCGCUGCCACCACCACCGCCACCGCCUCGCGCCUGCACCUGGCCUGGCUGCUCAUCCUGCUGGCCCUCACCCCCCGCGCCGACUCCUCGUGGUGGUACAUCGGGGCCCUGGGCGCCAGGGUGAUCUGCGACAACAUCCCCGGGCUGGUGAACAAGCAGCGGCAGUUCUGCCAAAAGUACCCUGACAUCAUGCAGUCAGUGGGCGAGGGCGCCAAGGAGUGGAUCCGAGAGUGCCAGCACCAGUUUCGGCACCACCGCUGGAACUGCAGCACGCUGGACAGGGACCACACUGUCUUCGGCAGAGUCAUGCUGAGAAGCAGCAGGGAGGCCGCCUUCGUCUAUGCCAUCUCUUCAGCUGGGGUGGUGUAUGCCAUCACGCGAGCCUGCAGCCAGGGAGAGCUGAAAGGCUGCAGCUGUGACCCCCGCAAGCGCGGGCGGUCCCGGGACGAGCGGGGCGAGUUCGACUGGGGCGGCUGCAGUGACAACAUCCACUACGGCAUCAAGUUCGCCAAGGCCUUUGUGGAUGCCAAGGAGAAGAAGGUGAAGGAUGCCCGGGCCCUGAUGAACCUGCACAACAACCGCUGCGGGAGGAUGGCCGUGAAGCGCUUCUUGAAGCUGGAGUGCAAGUGCCACGGGGUCAGCGGCUCCUGCACCCUCCGGACUUGCUGGCUGGCUAUGUCGGAUUUCCGCAAGACCGGGGAUUACCUCCGGAGGAAGUACAAUGGCGCCAUCCAGGUCACCAUGAACCAGGAUGGCACUGGCUUCACCGUGGCCAACAAGUACUUUCGGAAGCCCACCAAAACGGACCUGGUGUACUUCGAGAACUCCCCUGACUACUGCCUGAUGGACAAGGCAGCAGGCUCCUUGGGGACAGCUGGGCGCGUGUGCAACAAGAUGUCCCGUGGAACCGACAGCUGCGAGGUCAUGUGCUGCGGCCGGGGCUACGACACAACCCGUGUCACACGCAUCACCAAGUGCGAGUGCAAGUUCCACUGGUGUUGUGCUGUGCGCUGCAAGGAGUGCGAGGACACCGUGGACGUGCACACGUGCAAAGCGCCCAAGCGGGCUGAGUGGCUGGACCAGACCUGACCGUUCAUGCAGUGGCAGAGGGACAAAGCUGAGGCCUCGUGCCCGCCCCGGGCCCCAGGCCCCCAUGCCAGGGCAUUCUGGGAGCUGUAGUGCAGCUGCAUGGCUUUUCUUAAUUCAUCCGGCAAAGCACUAGAGAGAGAACUACACUUCCCAGGAGGUCCCAGGGACCCUGCCAACUUGCUCAGCCAACUCACCCCUUCCCUAGAGGGGGCUUGCGACCAUCGCUUACACUGUGAAGCUUCCCUCGCCCCUUGUUCUCUUGCAGCAGGACAGUGCAAUGGCCACGAGACUGGAAAGCAGAGCCCCAGUGGCCCCCUCAAUGUGUGUGUACAUGGAGAGUGCCUGGCAAGGGACUCCAGGGCAAAACAGCUAGUCCUUGCAGAGCGCUCUUGUCCUGAACUUUUUGCACGGCCCAAGGCAGGAGAUUGCAAAAGCCUAAGGCAGCUCCUUGAUCUCCGGUGCUUUUCUCAGCCAGAUCUAGCACAGUGACACAGCUGAAUGAUCAACACAGCUGGACAAGAGCAACUCCUCCUUCCCCCAGCUGAGAAAGGGGCAGGCAACAGGUGACUGAGACCUGAAUGACUGCCACGGGAGAAGGGCAUACACGCAGGGACAUGCACAGAGAAUGCGAGAGAGCAGUCAGCCAAUGUCAGGCUCCUUGCACGUGGUAUAUACCGCUUCAUUCUUUUUAAGACAAAAUCCAUUAUAAACCUGUAUCCGAAAUAGA